AUGGCCGCCAACAAGGACUACAGACUUCUCUGCCUCGAGAACCCCCUUCUCGACAUCCAGGCCUUUGGCGAUGAGGCUCUCCUCGAGAAGUACGGCCUCAAGGCCAACGACGCCAUCCUCGCCGAGGAAAAGCACCAGGGCCUCUUCGAGGACCUCCUUCAGAACUACGAUGCUAAGCUGAUCGCCGGUGGUGCUGCCCAGAACACCGCCCGCGGUGCUCAGUACCUCCUCCCUCCCAACAGCGUCGUCUACCUCGGCGGUGUCGGUGACGACAAGUACGCCGCCAUCCUCCACGAUGCUGUCAAGCAGGCUGGCCUCCGCGUCGAGUACCGUGUCGACCCCAAGAUCAACACCGGCCGUUGCGGUGUUGUCAUUACUGGCCACAACCGCUCCAUGUGCACCGAGCUCGGUGCCGCCAACCACUACGACCUUGAGCACUUGAAGAAGCCCGAGGUCUGGUCCCUCGUCGAGAACGCUGAGGUUUACUAUGUCGGUGGUUACCACUUCACCGUCUGCCCUCCUGCCAUCAUGGAGCUCGCCAAGCAGGCUGCCAGCGGCAACAAGCCCUUCAUCCUCUCUCUCUCCGCCCCCUUCAUUUGCCAGUUCUUCAAGGAGCCCCUUGAUGCCUCUGCUCCCUACUGGGACUACGUGAUCGGCAACGAGGGUGAGGCCGCCGCCUACGCCGAGUCCCACGGCCUCAACAUCACUGAUGUUAAGGAGAUCGCCAAGGCUCUUGCCAACCUCCCCAAGGAGAACACCCAGCGCAAGCGUGUUGCCAUCAUCACCCAGGGCACCGAGCCUACCAUCGUUGCCGUCCAGGGCGAGGAUGAGGUCAAGGAGUUCCCCGUCCACUCCAUCGAUCCCGCCAAGAUCAACGACACCAACGGUGCCGGUGAUGCCUUUGCCGGUGGCUUCGCCGCCGGUGUUGUUGAGGGCAAGUCCCUCGAGGAGUCCAUCCACAUGGGCCAGUGGCUUGCUAAGCUCUCUAUCCAGGAGCUUGGUCCUUCUUACCCCUUCCCCAAGCAGUCUUACCCCGGCCACAACUAA